AUGAACUUAAUUAUACAAACAUUUAUAUUUUUAAUUGCAGUCUAUAUUUGCGAUGCUGGUUAUGGAAUACCAGCCUCACCAGAGGGGAACCCGCAAUCCGACGUGGAGGCCCCGGCGUAUGUACCGUCGUACCUGAAGAAUCAAAAAAUUUCAAAAACGGGCUACACCAAAACCAGAAGCUACUCAGGCACCAAAACUGCUUACAGUGGCACUAAAACUGGAUAUUCCGGUUACUCGGGCACUAAGACCAGUUACAGUGGUACUAAGACCGGUUACAGUGGUACUAAGACCAGCUACAGUGGCACUAAAUCAGGAUAUUCGGGUACUAAAUCAGGGUACGGCGAGCGAAAGACUUGGUACUCUAGUUCUGGACAAGCGCCCAGUUAUGAUGAAUUUCAUAGUAAUGCCAACCUACCUUAUACUGCAAAAUGUGAUCCGGAGUGCAAGAACAAUGGGAUAUGUGUGGACACAAACACCUGCCACUGUCCCGCCAACUUCCACGGCCGAUAUUGCGAAUUUGAGAAGAAACCAUGCCUCGUGUACCCGCCGUUACCCAUGAACUCCAAUAGGAGUUGCUCCGCAGACUUCUGCACAGUCCAGUGUUUACCUGGCCACAAGUUUAUCGACGGUACCACUGUCGCCAACAUGCGCUGUUUGGACGGCCAGUGGAGGCCGACGCGAGCUGACUUCUCUACCAUCCCGGACUGUGAGCCGGAGUGCAACCCUUCGUGUCAGAAUGGAGGCAUCUGUCUGUCUCUCAACACCUGCCAGUGUCCGGAUGGAUACAGGGGUCCACAGUGCCAGUACUCUGCGAGCGCCUGCGAGAUGCGAAAGCUAGCUUUCAACGGUGGAUACUCCUGCUUCGGAGAUGACGACACUUACUCCUGCAAAUUGAACUGCCCCAGCGGCUCCACAUUCAGCGUACCUCCAGCACCUCAAUACACCUGCCUGUAUUCCACUGGGGUGUUCGAACCGCAGCCUAUACCUCAUUGUGUCUUCAACGAUGUGGUCGUUGUACAUCCAAGCAAUUACCACAAUAUGAGCGUUUACGAAAGUCACUACAAUAUGAGCAGUUCGAGUCAAAGCAGUUACGGGUACAGUCACAGUCACAGUGGUGUUUAUGGCGGUAGUGAGACCGAGAACGUUGUGAUGGUGGUACAAGACCUCACCCCCAAAGGCGGCACCUGCCUCACGUGGGCAGGAGUGCAUUACAAAACCUUCGACGGCAAGAUUUAUAGCUUCGAGUCUCCGUGUGAGCAUGUUCUGGUACGAGAUGCAAGGGAGCACAAGUAUACUGUGGUGGUCAAACACAGCGAGUGCAAGAGGAAGCCCUACUGUCCGAGCGAGCUCACCAUCUACAUGGAGGACAAGCCGUACAUGCUCAGCGUUGGAGAGGAUGGUUCGGUGAUAUUCCGCAGUACAAAACGUCUACUCCCAAUGCCGGCGUCUCUGCCAGGCAUCCGCGUCUCCAUGCCAGCUGACUUCGUACUCGUCAACUUGGACGCUGCUGGUGUCACUAUUAAAUGGGACUCCAAUAACGUGGUAUUGGUAGAUGGAACGGUUCAACUCUGGAACAACACUGAAGGCCUCUGUGGUACACUAGACGGAAACCCAGAAAACGAUAUGAGAACUAAAGUUGGCACUAUUGCCAAAACCAAGUCCGCAAUGGCUUCCUCAUGGCAGGUCAAUAAAAUAGGAGUUCAAGUAGUCCAUAAUAGUACAAAACCAUUUAAAAUUUGUAGAUAUGUGGAAGGUACAUAUAUAUCUAAAGCCGAUGAAGAUAUGAAGAAAGCUUUACAGUUUUGUACCAAAGUAUUCAGUAAGGAGAAAUUCCGCAAGUGCUCCAAGGUUAUGGAUAUAUCAAUGUUACUGGAAACGUGUCAAUGGGACUACUGCGCUUGUAUAAGCAGUUUGAGUCCUGAAGAAUGCGCUUGCAGCACGGUAUCUGUGUACGCUAAGGAAUGCCUGAGACAUGGUGUGGAGGGAAUGAAGUCGUGGCGGGAUCCUGACACCUGCCCCAUGCACUGCCCCGAAGGCAAGCUAUACAAUUCGUGCGGCCCUGAUAUUCAGCCCAGCUGCGCAUUCUCCUCACCUACAAAAUCCGACAACUCCAGCUGUGUCGAGGGUUGCUUCUGUCCUGAGGGUCAACUUCUGGAGGGUGGGAAAUGCGUCACCAAAGACGAGUGCCCCUGUCGCCUGAGGAACCGCAGUUUUAAGCCGGGUUCAGUUGUACCUAAAGAUUGCAAUAAAUGCACGUGCCAGGCAGGCGAGUGGUCGUGUACCCAAGUGGCGUGCGGCGCGCGCUGCAGCGCUGUGGGCGACCCCCACUAUACCACCUUCGACGGCCUCCGCUACGACUUCAUGGGGCAUUGCACCUACAUACUCCUCAAGACUGACAACAUCACGGUUGAAGUUGAGAAUGUCGCGUGUUCUGGUGCCAUUACUGAGGCAAUGAACCUUGUACCUUACAAAGGUGCAGGGAAGCCAUCUUGCACUAAAUCAGUGACAGUGAACUACGACGGAGCCAGGAUCCACCUGAAGCAGGGUGGAUUCAUUCUCGUUAAUGGCAAGGAAGUCACCGCACUGCCGGUUACUGUUGGCAAGAUCAGGAUACGAGCUGCCUCGUCGCUCUUUGUUAUAGUGCAACUUCCAAUUAAAGUGGACCUGUGGUGGGACGGAAGCACCAGAGUGUUUGUAGAUGUACCACCCGCAUUACAAGGGAAAACGCAGGGUCUUUGUGGAACACUAAAUCGGAACCAAAAAGACGACUUCCUAACACCUGAAGGUGAUAUUGAGCAGUCAGCACUGGCGUUUGCGAACAAGUGGAAAACUAGAGAACUCUGCGACGACAUGGUCGCUACAGAACCAGAGCAUCCUUGUAAAGCCAAUAUCGAGAACAAGGAGGCUGCUGAGAAGUAUUGUAGUAAAUUGAAGAGUAAACUGUUUGAAGAGUGCCACUGGUACGAGGACGUGGAGCCGUACUACAGCGCGUGCGUGUACGACAUGUGCGCGUGCGGCGGCGACGUGCCGCGCUGCCUGUGUCCCGCGCUCGGCCACUACGCCGAGACGUGCGCGCGGCUCGGCGUGCGUCUGCAGUGGCGGUACAACGUCAAGGAGUGCGAACUAUCAUGCACGGGCGGGCAAGAGUACACAGUAUGCUCAGAUAGCUGCUUGAGGCAGUGCUCCGACUUGGCGCUGCAGGACACGUGCCGCCCCUCCUGUGUCGAGGGCUGUGCAUGUCCCCCUGGACAGGUCUUGGAUGAUAACGGUGCAUGUAUACCGGUCGGUCUUUGCCCCUGCUAUCACAAAGGGAUGAAAUUCAACGCCGAGUACAAGGAAGUGAGACCGGGGAGACGCGAAAGGGAGUUGUGCACAUGCGUGGGUGGUCGAUGGGAAUGCAAGCCAGCAACGCAGAACGACAUUCAGAACUAUCCACCAGCUGAGGACCUGAAGAGCAACUGCAGUGCUACCGACCACAUGGAGUUCACCACCUGCGUCAUUGCAGAACCACUCACAUGCAAGAAUAUGCACCUGCCCCCGUCUAAGACGAGCGAGGAGUGUCGUCCAGGGUGCCAGUGCAAGAAGGGCUAUGUACUAGACACCAGCUCCAAGAAGUGCGUGGUGGGCACCCAGUGUCCGUGCCACCACGGCGGCCGCAGCUACCCGGACGGUCACGUCAUGCAGGAGGAGUGCAACACUUGUGAAUGCAAGAGCGGCAACUGGUCGUGCACGUCGCGGCGCUGCGCGGGCGUGUGCGGCGCGUGGGGCGACUCACACUUGACCACUUUUGACGGCGCUGAUUACGACUUCGAGGGUGUCUGCACGUACUUAUUGGCGAAGGGCGUAAUGGACUCAAAUGAUGGAUUCGACAUCGAGAUACAGAAUGUUCCAUGCGGCACUACAGGAGCGACAUGUUCCAAAUCGAUAACCCUUAAAGUGGGAAGUGGCGACCAUCAAGAGGUGGUCUCACUUACCAGAAACGCGCCGCUACCCGACGUAUCUAAAUUGAAAAGGAUCACCCUGCGCGUGGGCGGUGCGUACGUGUUCGUAGAAGCUCGCUCACUGGGCGUGCGUGUGCAGUGGGACCGAGAACUGCGCGUCUACGUCACUCUAGAGUCGCUGUGGCAAGGGCGGGUGAAAGGUCUAUGCGGCAAUUACAACUCAGAUCUGCGCGAUGACUUCCAAACGCCAUCUGGUGGCGGCAUCGCCGAGUCUUCAGCACUUAUAUUCGCAGACUCCUGGAAACUGAAACCCACGUGCCCGAAAGCGCAGCCCGUUACUGACUACUGCAAGCAGCGGCCGGAGCGCAACGAAUGGGCGGUGAGCACUUGCAGCGCGUUAAAGCGAUACCCGUUCUCGCUGUGCCACAGCGAAGUGUCGGCCGAUCGCUGGAUGCAGCGCUGCACGCGCGACGCGUGCGCGUGCGACUCGGGCGCGGACUGUGCGUGUGCAUGCGCCGCACUCGCCGCGUACGCGCACGCGUGUUCGCUGCGAGGCGUCGUACUCCGCUGGCGGACUCCGCAGCUAUGUCCGAUGCAAUGCGACGACGAGUGUUCAAACUACGACCCGUGCAUGUCGGCGUGCCCGCUCGAGACCUGCGACAACACCAUCGAGUAUGCAGAGAUCAAGACCAACUGCGAACAAGAAAUAUCUUUACCAGGUUGCAAGCCAAAGAAGUCCUGCCCAGAAGGCUCCGUGUACAGUAACGGCACGUUAACGGAGUGCGUACCGCGUGCCAAGUGUAAACCAUUGUGCAUGACCCUCCCUGACGGUAAGGAGAUACUGGAAGGAGAAAUCAUUGAAGAGGACGCCUGCCACACUUGCCGAUGCUCCAAGAAGAGCAGGGUUUGCACUGGACAACCGUGUUCCACUAUAGCGCCUAGAUUGAUUGAGGAAAGUACAACAUCAAGGCCGCACGAUGAGCCACUCAAAUGUGUUACCGGAUGGACAGAGUGGAUCAGUAGACACACGCCCGAAGCUGGAACUAAUGGACAGUCUGUUGAGAAGGAGCCGCUACCUGAAAUUAAGGAACUGGAAAUUGGCACCUCAAUGUGCAAUCAAGACAUGAUGACGAAGAUCGAGUGCCGCACGAAGGUGAACCACCAGAGUCCGAAGGAGACUGGACUCGACGCGGAGUGCAGCCUCGAGCGAGGACUGCUCUGCAGGGAGACCGGGGGCACGUGCCCAGACUUCGAGAUACGGGUCUACUGCGAGUGUGAAGAACAGUUCCAAUGUCUGAACGCUGACCGACCAAGCUACCCGCACCCGAAGAACUGCAGCCAAUUUUACGAGUGCACCCCUGACCUGCUAAACCCUGAUAAGCCUCACACCGUACUCAAGUCCUGCGUGGAGGGCACCAUGUACAACAACAACACCAUGGUGUGUGACUGGCCUGCUGCUGUCAUACCUCUGCGGCCAGAAUGCGGCCAACCGCAAGGUAUUGCUGCAACAACGACGUAUAUUCCAGAGAUAGCCACGUCAUUAGCUACAGCUCCCCGAACACCGACGCAGACAACUGCGAUAUGUCCACCGGGGCUGGUAUACUCUGACUGCGCGUAUCCCUGCGACUCACUUUGCGAUCACUUCAAGAAGACACUACAGAAUAAAAGCAGGUGCAUCCCUGGAGAGAAAUGUGUUGAAGGCUGCGUGCCGGAGACACAGUGCGGUGGCGACACUAGAUGGCGCGACGAGAACACUUGCGUGCCGAUAAACUCCUGCACGUGCUAUGACGAUCUGGAUCAUAUUGGAAGUAUUGUGAAGCCGGGUGGCGUUGUGAAGAAAGGUUGCCGCAAAUGCCAGUGCCUCAACAACGAGUUGCACUGUGAUUCUAGUCUGUGCACUACAGAAGAGAUUACCACCUCCACCACCACUACUACGACCACCACACCAGCGCCCACCGUCCCGUCGACGACGUUCAUACCCGUCACCAGCACGGUCCCGCCUACGGUCGCUCCCACCACUGCGACCACUUCCACUCCUCUUAUAGUACCGAGUACUGUCUCGCCACCACCUGAAUGCUCUCCUGACAGUUACAAGAACCUGUUGUGGGGUGACGAGCCUUUGGAGGAGACAGCGUUCAGCGCCAGCUCCGUCGCCAACGAGUUGUUCGAGCCGCAGUACGCUGUGCUCGACGGACAUCCGCUCGACAUCACCGCCGGAAGCUGGGCACCAAAGAAGAUGGACAAGGACCAGUACAUACAGGUGGAGUUCCCGCGUCGCGAGCCUGUGUAUGGAGUCAUACUACAGGGCAGCCCACUCUUCGACCAGUACGUCACCAGCUACGAGCUCAUGUACGGAGACGACGGACAUGUAUUCUCCGUGGUCAAUGGUCCUGAUGGUAACCCCAAGGUGUUCCGCGGUCCAGUGGACCACGAGAAGCCAUCGAAGCAGAUGAUCGAGCCGCCGAUCGAAGCGAAGUUCGUACGAAUCCGACCGCUCACCUGGAACGAGGAGAUCGCCGUCAGGUUCGAACUGAUCGGCUGCCAGGAGCCCUCUUCUACAACUGAACUAGCUUCGUCAACGAGCACGCCGUCGGUAGAGUGCACGGACGCACUGGGUCUGGCGGCCGAUCUGCCCGUAGAGAACAUCGAAGUCAGCUCCAACAACGACGCCCGCAAGUACUUCACGCUGGACGCCGAGCGCGGGUGGACCGCCCUCUACAGCACGCCCGGGGAGUGGAUCAUGUUCGACUUCAUAUCCCCGCGGAUCAUCACCGGCAUUAAAACGAAAGGAGGUCCAUCAGGCUGGGUGACAACUUACAACGUGAUGUUCACCUCGGACCUUUCCACCUUCAACCCCGUUUUGGACAACACCGGGUCGUACAAGGUGUUCCCUGGAAACUUCGACAGUAACACCGUGGUCUUCAAUGAAUUCAAGCUACCGAUCCACGCACGGUACUUGAAGGUGCUGCCGCUGACGUGGAAGAAGGGCAUCGAGAUGAGGGUCGAGCCGAUUGGAUGCUUCGAGCCGUACCCGACGACAACAGCGUCGCCACUACCGGAAGAGGAAGCCGUCUCGCCUGCGAGCCCGUGCGCGCGGUGCCCGGGCGUGCAGCCCGCCGCCUGCGCCUGCGCGCCCGCCCGCUACUACGACGGCGACGGCUGCGUGCCGCGCGACCAGUGCCCCUGCAUCCAGUCCUUCAUGACAUACGCUGUGGGGACAACGUUCCGCGGAUCGAACUGUGACGACUGCGUGUGCAAGCUCGGCGGCAUCACCAUCUGCAAGCCUGUCAAGGAAUGCGUCUGCGCACCUAAUCUAGUACCCAAGUUAUUGACAUCGAACUGCGAGUGUCUCUGCGAGCCGUGUCCAGAGGGCACAAGAAUCUGUCCCACCAGCAAGCUCUGUCUCCCACUAGACAAGUGGUGCGAUGGCCUGCAAGACUGUCCUGAUGAUGAAGUCGCAUGCACCACAACUACAUCCACAACUACACCGACCACGACAGUAACGACCCGUAAGCCUCUAGAGCAGUUGGUACUGACCACCGUCGCUCCGACGCUACAAGCGGCGCCUCUCACCACUGCUACCAGCAUUACUACUGUUACCACACCGAAACCGGUGGAGUGUCCGAAGGUGGAAUGUCCACCUGGCUACUUGGUUCGGUAUACGUCUACCAGCGCGUCGAGCUACUCCACCUCAUCAACCUCGGACCUUCCUCCGCCCAGACCGAGAUAUUCCUACCAGAGGUACUAUAAGGGAGGUGGAGGAUACUCCAAGGGAGGGUUUUCAAAAGGUGGCUACUCUAAAGGAGGGUAUUCAAAAGGUGGAUUCUCUAAAGGCGGUUACGGUGGAUUUGGUGCACCUGCCGCCCAACCGAACCGGUUCACCCUGGAGAAGCCGGCGAACUCGAGCCAGCCGACGCAGCACGUGUGCCCGCAGUUCAAGUGCGUGCCGCGGCUGCCGCCGUACAUCCCGGGCACCAAACCCGCUCCUCGCGACUGCUCGGCGCCAGUGUGUCCGCCGCACUACACUCUCAGGAUCGACUCCAGCUCCAGUUCUGGGGAUAACUGUCCGCAAUAUGUGUGCGUCCCACCUCCUGAACGGCCGGUGUUCUGUAACAUUACGGGUCGUACCUUUACCACUUUCGACGGCGUCGAGUAUAAGUACGAUGUCUGCUUCCACAUACUCGCCAGAGACAACAGGUUCGACGCUUGGACUGUACUCGUCCGUAAGAAGUGUCGUCUGGAGGGCUGUCAGAACUACCUGAUCGUUCACCAGGACGACCAACUGAUCAUGGUGAAACCUAACUUGAUGAUCGAAUACGACAACUACGAGUACACUGUCGAGCAGACAUCCAAGAUCUGCUUCCAGAAGAACAGCUUCGAUGUCGAUCGUCUUGGUAACGGACUCUCCAUCAAGUCUAGAAAAUAUAACAUCACUGUACUGUAUUCGAGAGACGGUGACAUUAAAAUUGGGGUAUCGAAGAAGUACAUGGGAGCAGUUGAUGGUCUUUGCGGCGCGUUCGACGGAUCACAGAAAAAUGAGCGGCGUCUUCCGGACGGACAACUAGCGACCAGCGUGGACGAGUUCGGGCGAGCGUGGGCGAAACCCGGUCUACCAGCGGACGCUUGCAAGACGGCCGUCAUCGCGCAGGAGAAGCAGAAGCGUGCAUGGGACCUGUGCCAUGUCAUCACGAAAGAACCUCUAUCUAAAUGCGGCAAAGUACUGAAUCUGGACAAAUGGCGAAGCAUUUGCCUAGAAAAGAUAUGCGAAUGCGCUGAUCUGGUGGUGAAUGGUACUAAGAGAACCGACGAGGAGUGCCGCUGUCUGCUCAUCGAACAAAUGGUGGCCGAAUGUCUAGCUGCUGACAAAAACCUGGAUGUCACCGAGUGGAGGAUGCAAAUGGAUUGCCCUGCGGACUGUCCGCCGCCACUGGUCCACAAUGAUUGCUACCGCAAGCGGUGCGAGCCGACCUGCUCGAGCGUGGGCGCGGCCGGCCGCUCGUGUCCCGUAGAGGACGGCCAGUGCUUCCCCGGCUGCUACUGCCCUGAGGGGAAGCUGCGGAAGGGAGACCAAUGUGUGCUGCCCACUGACUGCCUCGACUGUAGUUGCAAGGGUGUGGGUACUCCGGCCAGUUACACCACGUUCGAAGGCGACGAGUUCCCAUUCCUGAGCAACUGCACGUAUCUCGCCUCCCGCGAUAGGAACGAGACCGGCCUCUACAAGUAUCAGGUGUACGCAACAAAUGGACCAUGCGAAGACAAAGCGGAUGUAACGUGCACUAAGAUUGUCCACAUCCUCUACGCCGACCACAUCUUACAAGUCACCAAGGAUAAUAACACCAACAAAUUGCAACUGACGAUCGACAAGACAGCACAGUUCAAGUUUCCAUUGAAAAAGGACUGGGUGACGGCAACCCAGAUCAAUGGACAAGAUAUCACUCUACUGCUGACUGAAGCUCACGUCGAAGUGAGCGUGCUGUACUCCAAAAUGGAGUUUACGGUGAACGUGCCCUCGUAUAUAUACAACAAUCGGACGGAAGGUCUGUGCGGAGUGUGCGGCGGACAGGACACCGCGCUGGUCACCAGCAACGGCACCGUCACAGAGGACAUUGAUGAGUACGGCGAGAGCUGGCAAGCGACGGGCGAGGUGGUGCGGGCCCUGCAGGUCCCCGCCGGCGCGUGCGGAGCGACGCCGCCGCCCGCCUGCGGCCCGCCGCCGCCCGACGACAACCCCUGCCUAGCACUCUACAACGCGGCCUUGUUCGGAGAGUGCCACGCGCUAGUGGAACCUCAGACGUACGUGGAGUCGUGUGAAGCGGAACAAUGCGCGCUCAAUACGAGCGACGCAUGCGCCACCUUCGAGCGGUACGCGGCCGCCUGCCGCCGCCAGGGUGUCUGUCUGCACUGGCGGGACACGCUCUGUCCCUACAACUGUUCAAAACCACUUGUAUAUCGUUCAUGUGUGGACUGCGAACGAACUUGCGAGAACAAUGACGAACUGACAAAGGAUCCGAAGAAAUGCAAGACUCAACCCGCCGAGGGUUGCUUCUGUCCAGAAGGAUUGGUACGAGUGAAUAACACAUGUAUAGAACCAAACAAGUGCUUCCCGUGCGAUGCCAAGAAGGAGCACUACGCCGGCGACGAGUGGCAGGAGGACGCGUGCAAGAAAUGCACGUGCAGCAAAGUGGAGGGUACCAACGAGGCGCACGUGUCGUGUCAGACUCAAACCUGCACCACGCCCGUCUGCGGCCACGCCGAGGACAUGCUCGCGCGGCCCACCACGCCGGGCGCCUGCUGCCUGCAGUACGUCUGCGUGCCUAAACCAAUCGAAAAGAAAUGCAAAGAACCAAAGAAGAUGGAGUGCGGGUUCGGACAGGUGUUGAAACAGAAGACUACGCCGAAUGGAUGCAAGGAAUUCUCUUGUGAAUGCAAGCCGGCGAGCGAGUGUGAGCCGAUACCGAACGAGAACGAGGUGGACAUCAUCGAGCCGGGCAUGGAGCGCGUGGUGGACGCGUCCGGGUGCUGUCCCCGGGUUCAGUUCUCGUGCCGCCCGGAGACCUGCCCGCACAAACCGGAUUGUCCGAAGUUCCACAACCUCACCACCACCAACGUGCCGGGCAAAUGUUGUCCCGAGUAUAAGUGUGAGUUACCGACUGACAGGUGUGUAGUAACGCUAGAGUGGGAAGCCGCUCCGAAAGGUGGUGAGAAACCACGCAAAACACCUGAAAUUGUUCUAAAAGACGUGGACGAGGUGUGGCUGGACGGGCCGUGCCGGUCGUGCGGGUGCGGGGCGGCGGCGGCGGGCCCGCGGGCGGAGUGCGCGACGGCCGCGUGCGCCCCCGUACCACGCGACGCGCAGCUGGUGUGGGAGGCGCAGGCGGUGCCGUUCGCGUGCUGCCCGCGCGCCGUGCCGGUCGCCUGCCGCGACGGAGACGACAUUUACAGGGUGGGCGAGAACUGGACGUCACCGUACAACCCGUGCGAGUCGUACGCCUGCGUAGAAGUGGAGGACGGCAAGUUGGACAAGGUUACUACGGUGCAGCGCUGCGACACUGACUGCCAAGCUGGUUGGAAGUACUUCCCAGCGGCGGAAGGAGGUGAGGAAUGCUGUGGCAAGUGUCGGCCGGUGGCCUGCGUGGUGGACGGCCGCCAUAGGAAUAUCAGCGAGGAGUGGACCUCUGAUGACUUCUGCACCAACUACACCUGCGUCGACGUCAACGGCACCCUUCAAGUCCAAUCCUCGGACGAGACGUGUCCGGAAGUGUCGGACACCAUCAAGAAGCUGUACGUACUGCAGGAACAAAGGCAGCCCGGCAAAUGUUGCCCCAAGCACGAGGCCAUCGCCUGCAAGGUCGGCGAUAAGGUCUACCAGGAGAACGAGACGUGGCCGACGUCAGACCCGUGUAGAAACGUGACGUGUUCGCGCGACGAGGAAGGGCGGCUGGUGCAGGCGGGACGCGUGCAGCACUGCUCGCAGGACUGCCCACGUGGCCGCCAGUACCGCGCGCCGCACACCAACCACACCUGCUGCGGGGACUGCGUCGCGGCCGCCUGCCUCGACAGAGACAAACUACGGCAGCCGGGCGAAAGUUGGCAGUCGGACGACAAAUGCACGACGUUCUCGUGCGACCGGUCGGGCGACGAGUUGUCUGUGACUGUGUCGCGCGAGGCGUGUCCCGACGUGUCGGCGUGUGCACCCGAAGACCUCGUCAACUCCACCUGCUGCCAACUCUGCGUUGAGAAGCCGCAAGCACUCAGUAAAUGUGUGCCGGAGUCCAUACCACCGAAACAGUCGAUAGGUUUGAUCCGGCUCCGAGGACCACACGGACUCUGCAUCAACAAGCAGCCGCUCACUGGCUUCAAGGAGUGCCGCGGGACUUGCGACUCGGGGACCAUUUUCAACAACAAGACUGGCAGCCACGACUCGUCGUGCGAGUGUUGCCAGGUGGCGUCGUACGAGCGGCUGGUGGUGGCGCUGCGGUGCGAGGACGGCGUCCAUCUGCAGCACUCGGUGGCCACGCCCGCGCGCUGCACCUGUCGCCGCUGCGGGGACUCGCUCGCCCAGUGGCCCACUACGACAGGGUCUACGAACACCAAAGUCCAUUACGGCUACAACCCCGAGUCGUACGACGAGGUGCCGGAAAUAUACCAAAGAUUCGGCACGGAGAAACCGAGCCGGAAUUAAACAAUACACCAUGUACCUAUAG